AUGGACAGAAGAGUCACAUUCAACGUGUCGGACCACUACGAGAUCUGUGAGAUCGUCGGCGAGGGAGCCUACGGAGUGGUCUGUGCAGCAAUUCAUAGACCUUCCAAGCAAAAGGUGGCGAUUAAAAAGAUUCAGCCAUUCGAAAGAACCAUGUUUUGCCUGAGAACACUCCGUGAGCUAAAGUUGCUCAAGCACUUCAACCACGAGAACAUCAUCAGCAUCCUAGACAUACAGAUGCCUUACAGCUUCGAGACUUUCACUGAGGUUUAUUUGAUCCAGGAACUAAUGGACACCGACUUGCAUCGUGUGAUCCGCAACCAGAGGCUUUCUGACGAUCAUUGCCAGUACUUCGUCUAUCAGACGUUACGUGCGCUCAAGGCCCUACAUUCUGCCAACGUGUUGCACCGCGAUUUGAAACCCUCGAAUCUUCUUUUAAACGGAAAUUGCGAUCUGAAGUUGUGCGAUUUCGGUUUAGCGCGCUCGAUCGCAUCCGCUGAAGAUAACUUUGGAUUCAUGACCGAGUAUGUGGCCACACGUUGGUACCGUGCUCCUGAAAUCAUGCUCACAUUCCAGGAGUACACAACUGCGAUUGACGUGUGGUCUGUGGGCUGCAUUUUAGCUGAAAUGAUCAGCGGUAAGCCGCUGUUUCCAGGUACAGAUUAUCACAACCAAUUGUGGCUGAUUAUCGAGGUGUUGGGAACGCCGUUGAUGGAGGAUUACUCCGGCAUCAACUCGAGGAGGGCCCGUGAGUAUAUCCGCACAUUGCCGUUCCGCAGAAAGGUGCCGUUCGAGCAGUUGUUUCCGGAUGCAAAUCCGCUCGCGGUGGACCUGCUGGAAAAGCUGUUGACGUUCAACCCGAAGAAACGGAUCAAGGUGGAAGAGGCUUUGGGUCAUCCGUACCUAAGUCUCUACCACGACCCGAACGACGAGCCUAUCGCAGAGAAGAUCCCGCCGGACUUCUUUGAUUUCGACAAAAAGAAGGACGACCUGACCAUAAACGAAUUACGAAAGAUGCUUUACGACGAGGUGAUGAAGCCACUUAGGCCUUGA